AUUAUUGGGUGAACUAUUGAUUUUAUUAAAGUAACACAACGUGGACUUAAGGGUUUGUCUGGAUUUUCUCCCUCACUCUGUGACCUCACGUUUAAUGAAGCAGCGGAUCUAAAAGCAGCUCAGAUUGAACCGACACCGGCACCAACUUCAUGAUUGGACGGAGAGAUCCGUCAUGUCUGCUCUCUACCACUACACACACACACACCACACACACGCACGCACGCACGCGCGCGCACGCACGCACGCACGCACGUACGCAUGCACACACACGCACACACACACACACACACACCUGUCUUUCUGUCUGCGCUGCUGUUGGACUUUCUCUGUUUCAGCCCUCAGCGUCUCUCUCUCCUCCUCUCUGAAAACGACAUUCAUCAGGUUUGACGUCAGUGGAGCUGCUCCACUUGGAGAUUCUGCAGCGCGCUUUUACGCGCAGCCUGGCGCCACACGUGGAGUCAGAACACGGAGAUCUGGGAGGACUGGAGGCUGCCGGCGCCUGUCUGCAGGGAUCCCCCACCACCAAAACCUCCUCUUCGUCAUCUUCACCACAACCUCCUGCACCAGAAUUUGGCCCUUGGCCCCGAUAUUGUUGACGUUUCCAUGGCAACGCUGGCUGCCGUUUGGGCCCAUGACCCGCGAGACCUCAGUGAGAGGCAGCACGAGCCGCUUACUGUGUGGGAGUCUCAGAGUGUUUGUAACAGUCCCUCCCCUGCUGGAGUGACGUGGAUGGAACAGCUCUCGCCUCAGCUCCAGAGAAACAAACAGCUCCAGGACACGCUGCUCCAGAGAGAGGAGGAACUGGCCCGACUACAGGAGGAAAACAACAAGCUCAGAGAGUUCCUCAAAUCUUCUUUUGUGAGAGAUCUGGAGAAGAAGGCUAAGAGAUUAACCACUGAUGGGAGGUUGAAGCUAAAAAGAAACAUGACGUAUGUUAGCGACGGACCUUCACAGAACUAUGAUCCUCAGAUUGUGGACCCAAGGCAGGUCAGCAAGAGGGUCUGCAGGAACCUCACUGCCGAGUUCUGCUCAGAGUUCCAUGAGGACGCUGCACCGGCGAAAUCCAAUCUGGACCUCUGGGUUCUACGAACGCUGGGACUGAAGGACCGAGACACCAUUGAUACAUCCAACGAACCUGGAUCCAACCUCCGUUUAGGUUAUGAUAGCGCAGUCAUCUCUUCUUCUGAGCACACUCUCAGCUCCUUGAGCCCUUCAGUUGCCACGUCUUCGCCCUUGCCUGCCCACAACAACUACUGCCACAACACAACACAGCAAACAGGCUAUCAAUACGAGGCUGAAUGCCAAGAGGCAACCUGCAAUUUUACCAGUUCUCCAGGUCAACACUGUGACUUCACUGCCAGUGGCCUGACUGGCCAGUAUGAGGUUCCUCGUGUAGUGACAGGGAGCUACAGCACUGCCUUCCAACCUCAACUACCCUUCAGCCAGUCACCAGACCCUAAUCCCUGCUCCACCACUGCCUCCAGUCCAGCCCAGCGUCUGCAGGGAAACCAAGCAGAACUGACAGCCUACUGGCCUCCACUGCAGGGCAGCCAGACACCAUCACGGGACACAGUCGUGCCAAGUCCUCUACGAGACACAAUUCAGUCAUCUUCCACUUUGAUGUCGAGUCCAGUCACAAACGGACAGGUGGUGGUAAGGGGCUGCAGCCCAUCAAUAGAACCUCCGACACCUUGCCAGAGGACUGACCUGGCAUUCAGUAUGUCCCUGAGCCCAUCCAGCAGUGUAAAGACACACAGCUUCCCCCAGGGGCAAGCCUUCAUUAGGAAGGACAGCGAGGGGCGGUGGAACUUCACAUGGGUGCCCAGACAAGGACCAUGACCAGCUCGGUCCCAGGUCAGUGUCCAGGGCCUUUCUCACUCGGAUCUAAACCCUCAGCGUGGUGCCCAUUACACAUGAUGGUGAAACAUAAGGAAGAGAAGGAAUACAGGGUGUAUGUGUGAAGUCAGUGUAAGUUCUUUGUGCCAUGUUAUCGAACAAAUCCAAGCUCCCAAAUCAAGAAAACUUAAAAAACUUCAUGUGUGACAUGAAUGUAACGCUAACCGGUUGAGUUUUGUUCACUUUGAAAUCAGAUUAUCAUCAAGAAAACUAACAAAGACAUGUUAAACUGUGGUAAUGUGGGACUAACAAAUUCAGGACGUUACCUCAUUUAAUGACAAACAGGCAGUAGAACAGUUUACGUUUUAGUUUUUAUGUAGCUAAUUUAGUCAAACCUGUAACAACUGGCUAAAAGUCGCCUGAAAGCUGAGGUGAAACCAAAACUGCCUGAACCUAAACCAACUCAUGACAACUGUGCAUAUCUGUGUUUCUUAGUUGUAACAUCUGAGAUGGAUCCAAAACCUGCCACACAACAAAAACACAGAAAGUUGCAACUGCCACUGACCUCUGCUGUUUACACGCCCCCUGCUGUUGUUGCCACAUUUAACAAGCUGACCGUGUGAUGACGAGGCACUUUUGUACUCAGCUAAGCACACAUUGGAUUAGUUUUUGUAAUAAACGCAGGUACAAGUCCCAGAUCUGGGCGUCAUCACUGUUUUAGUGUUGAACUGUAGUUUUUAGACCAUUGUCAGAGAAGUACGAGCAGAACAAUGAACGUUUAAUAUGAAUCAACCACACAGUAAUGUUUGAAAUUCCUUCAACAAGGUGCUUGUUGUGUCAAGUUUUGAUGUGAACAUGUACAAAUGUGUUAAACUAUACCUGGACUAAUAAACUGAGUCACAGCCAC